ACAUUUAAGAGUUGGAGUGUUGUCUUUUACCAAAAAACACAAAAAAAACAACAGAUACACACCUCAUGCAGAGCUGUGUUUAUUGUUUAUAUAUUAUUUUAAUAACAAGAACAGUAUUAUGCAUGAGAUGAGAGAAAAAGCAUGAAAAUGAGCUGUUUUAUCCAUAUACUUUUACUUUGUAUUUGUAUUUAUAUGCUGAUAGUAAAGGAAACCUCGACCUGCCAAGCCAAAACAAUGGUAGUGGGGGCAUCACCGCUGCAGCUGCAAUUUGAGGUCAGCCACAUGAAAACGACGUGGGAGAAAUAUCCAGCAUGACGCACGAGAGGCCGCAGAUAGCACAGCGGUGUGGAGCCCCCACCCUGCCUCGGCUGCGGUCCGAUAAAGUAACAAACAGUGCUAACAACGCUCACAAGAGCGCACGGCUGCCGAGACCUUUACCAUUACACCUCUUCAGACAGAAGGAAUUACUUUUUUUUAAGGAAUUAAUUUAUUUUUUAAAUCUCUCUAUCUCUCUAUACAUUUUCAGAUUUUACAGAUUUCUUUAACUCACCCCUUUUUUUCUCUGCGUUUUGGUUACCCGCGUUUAUGUUAUGAUAAAAUGGUUUUACGCACACCUGACCUCGGCUCAGAUGUGAAGUAAUCUCACACUUUUUAUCGUUUUACCUCAGUUAAUCAUCUAACGAUCAGUGCAAUAGGCUGCAAUGCUCUCAGAGAGAGAGAGAACGCUCAUUAAAAGUAUAUGGGAGAGACUGACUCCUGUGGCCGAGGAUAUUGGUUCAGAAGCGCUUCUUAGGAUGUUCGUCACAUAUCCGGGUACCAAGACAUACUUUUCCCAUCUCGACAUCAGUCAACGCUCCCCCCACCUGCUCUCCCACGGGAAGAAGAUCGUCCUGGCCAUAGCAGAAGGAGCCAGAGAUAUCAGCCGUCUGACUGUCACCCUGGGUCCUCUGCAAUCUCUGCACGCCUACAAGCUGCGGAUAGACCCGUCCAACUUCAAGCUGUUGUCACACUGUUUGCUCGUCACCCUGGCCUGUCACUUGGGCGAAGAAUUCACACCGGUUGCACAUGCAGCAAUAGACAAGUACCUGUCAGCAUUCUCAGCUGUGCUCGCUGAGAAAUACAGAUGAUACUGUUUCGAGGAAGUACAAGAGGCAUUUAUGAUUAUUUAUGAUGUGACAUGUUGUGUGUUAUGUGUAUGUGCAGUUGUUACUAUUAUAUCAUGCAUUGUUUUGUUAUAAUAAAAAUGUGCAAUUAACAAGAUUUUGCUGAAUAAAUAUUAUGUAUGUUUUCAUUGGUGUAUAAUCCCAUUCAAAUAAGAAUUGUUGUGUUUUCUUUACCUUACAAUUAGCCCUUUAUACAGAGAGAGGGUUCUCUUCCAAGGAGGCCACCAUAUUGCACCGUCAUGUUUCUACAGUAGCCCAGAAAGGACAAAUCACUGGUUCUAUUUUUUCACAAAGUUAUUCAAUUGGUUUCAAUCUGCAAUCUCACCACUAGAUGCCACAAAAUUCUUAGUAGGCUACAUAGCUCUCUUAAAGAUCGCCUCCAGACACUUUUUAAGAUGUUAUUAAAAUACUCUACUUUGAA